UUAUCUCUUUCUCUCUUUCUACCCUUUUUUUUUCUUUCUUUUCCUUCAUUUCUCACUCACACACACACACACACACACAGAGCACACACACAAGCAAUCACUGUACCCAAGAAACCUCUCUCCCUGCCUCCGCCCUCCUCUCUCUCUGUGUCUAUAUCUCUCUGGUGACUUUCUUGGUUCUUAAAUUUAUUUUUUGGUGCUCGUGUUAAAUGGCUGAUUGUUGUUGCAGUACCAGUAGUAAUAAUAGAGUAAAAGUACAAAAAUGAAGAUUACCGGAAGACCGCAUUCGACGCCGACAUUUCCGGGAAACACAAUAACUUGCUCAAGAGCACCUCAAAACCCUCAGCCUCAUCCAGAUCUCAAGCCCCAUCAUCGACUAAGAAAAACAGCCCGAACUCCGGUUCGUAGAAGGCGGAGCCGGAGCAGGACCCGGACACGACCUGACACUCCUUUCUUGAAAUGGAAGAUCGAUAAUAAUAAUAAUAACAAUAAUGAUAAAGGAGUUCAAGUGCAUCGUCAUGAUGAUGACGAUGACGGCGACGUAGUGGAGGAGAAGUUGGAUAGUGGUGGUCGGAAAGGUCGCCGUAGAUUUUCAUCUAGAGCGGUGUCUGCUCGGAAGCUAGCUGCUGGAUUGUGGCGGUUGCAGUUGCCGGAGACUGUUGUUAGUGCUGGUCAUGGAGAGAGAAGGAGGUCACGAGAUCGAUUAGGGUUUCAGCCUGGUGCUGGUCAUGCAGAUAUCUCAUUUUUACCUUAUCACAGUGGCAAAACUAACGGUUUUGAAGUAAAGGAUCCGUUACAGAGUCCGAGUUCUGUCUCUGAUAUGAAGAAUAGGUUCUUUUGUAAGGUUGAACCUUCAUUUCAAUUUUCCAACACUGCAAUGGAGGGUGCAACUAAGUGGGACCCCGUCUGUUUGGAAACAAUAGAUGAGGUGCGCCAGAUUUACAGCCAAAUGAAGCGUCUUGAUCAUCAAGUUAGUGCUGUAUCAAUGGUUUCUGCACUUGAAGCUGAACUAGAGCAGGCUCGAGCACGCAUUCAAGAACUUGAGGCUGAGCGCCGAACUUCAAAAAAGAAAAUGGAGCACUUUUUAAAGAAAGUCAGUGAAGAAAGGGUUGCAUGGAGGAGCAGAGAGCAUGAAAAAAUUCGUGCAUUUAUUGACGACAUUAAAGGUGAUUUGAGCCGUGAAAGAAAAAAUCGCCAAAGGUUGGAAAUUGUAAAUUCCAAAUUGGUUAAUGAGCUGGCUGAUGCGAAGGUUUCAGCAAAGCGGUUUAUGCAGGACUAUGAAAAGGAAAGGAAGGCCAGAGAAUUGAUUGAGGAAGUAUGCGAUGAACUUGCUAAGGAGAUUGGGCAGGAUAAGGCUGAAGUUGAAGCAUUCAAGAGGGAAUCCAUGAAACUGCGAGAGGAAGUGGACGAGGAAAGGAAGAUGUUGCAAAUGGCAGAGGUAUGGCGAGAAGAGCGUGUUCAAAUGAAGCUGGUUGAUGCAAAGGUGGCGCUUGAAGCGAAGUAUUCUCAGAUGAACCGGCUUGUGGCAGAUUUAGAAACUUUCCUAAGGUCAAGAACUGCAACCCCGGAUUUGAAGGAAAUGAGAGAAGCAGAAUCACUUAUACAGGCUGCUGCCUCUGUGGAUUUUCAGGACGUGAAGGAAUUCACAUAUGAGCCACCUAAUCCAGAUGAUAUAUUCUCUGUUUUUGAAGAAGUUAAUUGUGGUGAGCCCAAUGAGAGGGAGAUUGAACCUUGUGUUGCUUACAGUCCUGCCAGCCAUGCCUCAAAAAUUCAUACCGUGAGUCCUGAAAUCAAUGUGAUAAACAAGAAUGGCAAUCAUAGACAUUCUGAUGCAUUUUAUGACCAGAAUGGUGACAUAGAAGAAGAUGAGAGUGGGUGGGAAACUGUGAGCCAUCUGGAGGAUCAAGGCUCAAGUUAUUCACCUGAAGGUAGUGUUCCAUCUGUCAACAAUAAGAAUCAUCGGGAUAGUAAUGUCUCUGGGAGCGGAACUGAGUGGGAAGAAAACGCAUGUGAUGAAACCUCAAUUACUGAAAUUACUGAACUCUGUUCUGUGCCAAUAAGGCAGUAUAAGAAGGUGUCAUCCAUUGCAAAGCUUUGGAGAUCUGGUGGGGAUAACUAUAAAAUAAUUUCAGUAGAUGGAAUGAAUGGCAGGCUUUCUAAUGGAAGGAAAUCGAAUGGGGUCAUUGUAUCCCCAGAUAGAGGGUCAGGUAAAGGCGGACUUAGCCCAGAUUUAACGGGGCAGUGGAGUUCACCUGACUCUGGUAAUCCUCACAUAACUCGAGGAAUGAAAGGUUGCAUUGAAUGGCCGCGCGGUGCACAGAAGAACAGCUUGAAGGCAAAGCUUAUGGAGGCAAGAAUGGAGAGUCAGAAGGUCCAAUUGCGCCAUGUGCUUAAACAGAAGAUCUAGAACUAGGGAUGCAAAAUGUUGUUUCUGGAUAAUGCAGAUGGAAAUAAGUAGCGUCAUUUCUUUGCUGACUGGGGAAGUAGCCCUAUUUCUUGUUGUAAAUGCUCAAAAAAGGCAGAAGAUGCAUAAUUUUGCAGCCUUCACGGACCAUGCCCAAUUGGGUAUACAUGUAAUGCUUUUUGUUGCUAAAUGCAUUCUUAGAGGAAAUUGCAUUU